GUUGUCAAUAGCAUUGUUGUCAUGUUGUGUCUUUUCUACCUUUUUAUACUCUUUGGUCUUUUCUUAAAAAACAAACACUUCGUAAAAGAAUUUAAUUUACAUUACUAAAUUUUAAACAAGAUUUGUUUUAUUAUUUUAUUAGUUACUUAAAAUAGUUACACUGGCUUCCGAAAAUUACCCUAAGAAAAUGCUCGAUGGGUGGUACUGUCGCUCUAUAGCAAAUAUGCAGGCUAACGAAGCGGCCAGUGCUAGCAAUAGUGUUAGUGCUGAUCCUUCACUUAGCCGCGACUCACGGAAAGACUAUUCUAGUGACAGCAGCAGUGAUCCUGAACUAGAACCUAAUUAUAAAGCACAAUAUUUAACACUCAAGAAAAAACUGAAGUAUCUUAUUUAUGAAAACGAGUGUUUCCAGGAUGCAUUAAGAUGCAGUCAGAAACGACUAUUAAAAAUUUCUCGUGAUCGAAGCUUUCUUUUAGAUAGACUUUUACAGUAUGAGAAGCAUGACAGUUCAACUUCGGACAGUGAAGACACAGAGUCCUCAGAUGAUGCUACUUAUCAUGCAGAGGCUUUGAAAAGGAAAAAGAUGGAUACUGGUGCAGGUCAACAAGCCCUGUCCACACCGUCAUCGCUCAAUAAAGGUCUCAAUAAUACUAUGAAAAGGAAAAGAGCUGUUGUCCCUAAAAAAACACCAAAUCCUAAUAAUCCUCAUCAAGCUAGUGCUGCAAUGAUGGCGAAAGCUUCGCCAGCGCUAGGAUUCAGCUUAUCGGCCAGCGACGGCCACAUGACUCCCGAGGAGGUAGAACGUCAUCUCCAAUCACGACAAUCGUACCUCGAACUUUUGCCUGAGCGUGCGCCGCCCACUGUACCUACAGAGAUGUUUAGCAAUGACCCUUCACUAGACAGUGAAUCUAAUGAUGUCUUGGAAAAUUCUCCCAAUGUUGAAGAAUGGUUUGAUUAACAGUGUAUGUACACCACUUCGGUGAAGAUACCCCAAAGUAAUUCAUAUUGUGUAGUUGUAAGACAGACUUUUGUCUUUAGACUUAGUUGUAGACGAAUAUUUCCUUUAAUAAAAAAACUUAAAAGUGUAAGUGACCUUUUAUACAAUUUUUCUAAACAUAUUCUUCAAAAAUUAAUAUUUUUUAAGAACUUUGCAAAAGGAGUGUACUUAUAGUACCUAUGUAGGUUGUAGAAAUAAUUGAUUGUUUGACAAAAAAUUUAAUGUUGUAAAAUAUAGCAGUUAAAUUAUUAUAAAUUAUUGUACAAUAAACCCAUUUAUAUUGUCAUUGUAGUGUAGUGUCAGUGGGUACAAAAAAUAGCAAAUAUAAUUAAUUACCUUUAUGUCAAGCUGUGAAUUUCGUAAUAGAAAGGACGAAAAAAAGAGCGUAUGAAAUAUGUACUGGUUAAAUAUUUAUUUCAGACAAUUAUUAAUAAGAUACAAUAUGAUUUCAAAGCGCAAGAUCAAACAAUAUUUUUGAACAAUCACUUUCAAAAUUUUCAUGCCAUAAUAUUAUACACAAGUGUAAUAAUCACACAUUUCAUGUUAUAUACGAUGUAUCCGAUAAGCAUUUAUACUCUUAUUUUAAUUCACAAUAUACAUACAAUAUGUAAUAUUUUAUUAAAUAUUGUAAAUACAUAACUUUUUAAACAUA